AUGACAAAGGAACGUAUGACCAUCGAUUACGAAAACGACGAUGAUUUUGAGUAUGAUAAAAACAAAUACAGGGCAACAACCACUCGAAUAAAGAGUAUCGAACCUAGUGAAGGAUGGUUGGACCCUUCUGAGUCAGUAGCUCGCAUAAGCACUAUACCCGAAGCGGGAGAAGUGCACGUUGAUGAACAUGAGGAUAGAGGAUCAUCUAUUGAUGAGGAUUCAAGGACUUAUCUUUUAUUUUCCACGGAAACUCGACGUAAGCUAGAAAAUAGACACGUUCAGUUGAUUGCUAUUUCCGGUGUCAUUGGUACGGCGCUAUUCGUGGCCAUCGGAAAAGCUUUAUACCGUGGAGGGCCCGCCUCUUUAUUAUUGGCAUUUGCUCUUUGGUGUGUUCCAAUACUUUGCAUUACGGUGUCUACAGCAGAAAUGGUCUGCUUUUUCCCUGUAAGUUCCCCCUUUUUGAGACUAGCUACGAAAUGUGUUGAUGAUUCAUUGGCUGUCAUGGCUAGUUGGAAUUUCUGGUUUCUAGAAUGCGUACAAAUUCCUUUUGAAAUCGUUUCUGUUAAUACAAUUAUACAUUACUGGAGAGAUGAUUAUUCUGCUGGUAUUCCUCUCGCUGUUCAAGUCGUUUUAUACCUGCUUAUUUCGAUUUGUGCGGUCAAAUAUUACGGUGAAAUGGAAUUUUGGUUGGCUUCUUUCAAAAUCAUUCUUGCACUUGGCUUAUUUAUAUUCACAUUCAUCACCAUGUUGGGUGGAAACCCUAAGCAUGAUCGCUACGGGUUUCGCAAUUAUGGCGAGAGCCCAUUCAAGAAAUAUUUUCCCGAUGGCAAUGAUGUCGGAAAAUCUUCAGGUUACUUCCAGGGGUUUUUAGCUUGCUUGAUUCAGGCAUCGUUUACCAUAGCUGGUGGUGAGUAUAUUUCCAUGUUAGCGGGGGAAGUCAAGCGGCCAAGAAAAGUAUUGCCCAAGGCAUUCAAACAAGUGUUCGUGAGAUUAACAUUUUUGUUUUUAGGGAGUUGUCUUUGUGUUGGGAUUGUGUGUUCCCCAAAUGAUCCUGACUUAACAGCAGCAAUUAAUGAAGCAAGGCCUGGUGCCGGUUCUUCACCUUAUGUCAUCGCAAUGAAUAAUCUGAAAAUUAGAAUAUUACCUGACAUUGUUAAUAUAGCCUUGAUAACAGCUGCCUUUUCUGCCGGUAACGCUUACACUUAUUGCUCGUCUAGAACAUUUUAUGGUAUGGCAUUAGAUGGUUACGCGCCAAAAAUCUUCACUAGAUGCAAUAGGCAUGGUGUGCCCAUUUACUCUGUGGGCAUAUCUUUAGUAUGGGCGUUGGUCAGCCUUUUGCAACUGAAUUCUAAUAGUGCGGUUGUGUUGAAUUGGUUAAUUAACUUGAUUACUGCCUCCCAACUGAUUAAUUUCGUCGUCCUUUGUAUCAUCUAUUUAUUUUUCAGAAGGGCCUACCGUGUCCAACAAGAUUCCUUACCCAAGUUGCCAUUCCGUUCGUGGGGCCAACCAUAUACUGCCAUCAUCGGCCUGGUUUCGUGCUCCGCAAUGAUUUUUAUACAGGGCUACACCGUUUUCUUUCCUAAAUUAUGGAACACACAAGAUUUUUUGUUCUCGUAUUUAAUGGUGUUCAUCAACAUUGGUAUAUAUGUGGGUUACAAAUUUAUUUGGAAACGUGGUAGGGAUAACUUCAAAAAUCCGCAUGAAAUUGACUUUUCCAAAGAGCUAACCGAAAUUGAAAACCAUGAAAUUGAAAGCUCCUUCGAAAAAUUUCAAUAUUACAGCAAAGCAUAA